AUAAAUACAGAUUUAUUACAUACUAAUCAAAGCAUUUCCAAUGUGAGGUCUCACCAGCAGUGAUUGAGAGUUCCAGGUCCUCCAAUCCAUGCCACAGCUAACUAUUUUAUUCUAGUGCUUCUGGGAGGUAGUGAUUUUGUAGCUUGUUGUUGUAGUUUUAUUUUACAUUUCUGGGAUUACUAAUAAUGUUGCCAUUUUCUCCAUUUGUUUAUUCACUAAAUAUCUAGUAGAAUUGGUCCAUGAACUCAGUUGAACCUGGAUUUUUCUUGUUUCUUUUCAACUAUGACAGUGUUGUAGUUAACUACAUACUUCUUCUGUCUCUAGCUUUGCAGUCCUUAAACAUCUACCUGUUGUUGAAAGAGAUUGCCAGAGAAACAAGUCAGUGGAGACUGAAUCCCUCAAGUUGCAGCUCUCUGAGAAUUCUUGUUAAGAAUGGCUUCAGACCGCAGAAUCUCCUUUGAAGGUGAACCAUCCAGGAGGGAUCCUGGGUCAGAAAAUUCACCCACCCAAGGAUCUGCCUUCCAGGAGGAAGAGGGGAUCCCUGAGUUCCCCAGCACUCAGCUCAACUUACUUCGAGACAGCAAUAACUCAAGUGCAAGACAAGAACUGCAAAGACUCUAUCACUUAUUUCACUCAUGGCUGCAGCCAGAAAAACACAGCAAGGAUGAAAUAAUUUCUCAUCUGGUCCUGGAACAGUUUAUGAUCAAUGGGCACUGCAGUGACAGGUCCACUUUACAGGAGAAAUGGAAUGCAAGUGGCAGAAACCUGGAGAAACUCAUGGAGGAUCUGACGGACGAUGGCAUGAAGACACCCGGCUUAGUCCACGUCCACAUGCAGGGACAGGAAGCCCUCUUUUGUGAGAAUAUGCCCUUAAGACAAGUCAUCAUUCACUUCACAAAACAGUUGUCGACAGGAACCCCAACAAGAGAGAAUGCGGGGACAACCUCCUGGACUCCUCAAGAUACGUCCCUAGAAACAGGACAAAGAAAUGAAGAUAAAGAAAAUGAUGGCAAUAUUUCUGUGAAAACUCAUCAAGUAAGUGACAGCAUUACUGGUCCAAGCAAUCAAAUACCUUCCCUACUCAUUGUCCAAGAAGAGAACCGUCCGAGGCUGGAAGAAGGAGGCGUUUCUCUGGAGAAUCCACGAAGCUCCAGAAGAGGAGCAAGUCCAGGCCCCUUCAGGCUUCAGGACAGAUUCCGGAAAGGACCCUCUUCUCAAGAUGUCCUCAUGGAGGUGGAACCAGACCAGGUCACCCCUGAGCCUGUUUCUACACGUGGGGAAGACCAGGAAAGAUCCCAUAGAGCCCCAGAAGUAUACAGAUGUGAGAGAUGUCCCAAGACCUUCAGGCAUUCCUCUCGGCUCAGAGUUCACCAGAAAAGACACAAUAAUGAGAGGACAUAUAUUUGUGCCGAGUGUGGCAAAGGCUUCUUCCAGGCAUCAGACCUCCACGUGCAUCAGAGGAUUCACACAGGAGAGAAGCCCUUCGCGUGCAGCACCUGUGAAAUGGCCUUCACCCACAAGACCAACCUUCGGGCUCAUGAGAGAACCCACACGGGAGAGAAGCCCUAUGAGUGUUCCCUCUGCCAGAGAUGCUUCCGCCAGUCCUCCACCUACCACCGCCAUCUUAGGUUUCACCAGAAAACUACCCUCAAAAGUGCUCCACACUAA